AGGUGGGACCUGCGGGCGGGAAGACUCCGGACGCCGGCGCGCGAGGAGCCGGGACCCGGGAGAGCUCGCAGCCCAGAGGAGGAGCUGGAGGGGGAGCGGAGCGCGCGGUCCGAGAACCGGAGGCAGCGGUCCCGGCCGGAGGCGCAGAGGGGCGGCGGGGAGCAGCAGGGCCGGGAGAGUCCCGCUCGGAGCCGAGGCCGGGGGAUCCGGGCUCACGGCCCCGAGGCUCAGCAGCUGCCGUCGCCCAGGAGCAGCAGCUGUGCCCGGGGUCCCGGCCGCGGCGGCCGCGGGAGGAGGAGCUGCAGCUGGACGGUGGCAGCUGGAGGAGGGGCCGCGCCGCCCGGGCUGAGCCGCGCUGGGAUGUCCCGCUGACCGCGGCAGUCAUGCAGCCUUGACGGGGCGCUCGGGCGCGGGGACCAGCCGCGGGGCGCGCCCUCCCUGGAAGGGGCAACGGGCGCGGGCAGCAGGACUUUACCGCCGACUCCAGCCCCGCUGGGUGCCCAGUCAUCCACCAUGGAGCCCGUGACCAAGUGGAGCCCCAAACAAGUGGUGGACUGGACCAGAGCAGUGCUUACUGAGUGCUGACCCUGUACCAGGAGCUGUUCCAAGAGAGCUGAGGAUAACAGCAGUGAAUAGAAGAGACGGUGCAGUGAAGUGGACAGGGUCCCUGUCUUUGGCACCUUCCAUUGAGUGGAGAACACAGACAAGCCCACAGGGUUAGAUGAUUGCCUGCAGCAGUAUGUCCACAAGUUUGAACGGGAGAAGAUAAAUGGAGAGCAGCUGCUGCAGAUUUCCCAUCAGGAUCUUGAGGAGCUGGGUGUCACACGAAUUGGACACCAGGAACUUGUGUUGGAGGCUGUCGACCUUCUCUGUGCACUGGUUAGUUCAGGAAAAGAAUUAUGGCCUUGAAACCGACAAUAUGAAAAACUUGGUUCUGAAACUGCGAGCAUCUUCCCACAAUUUACAGAAUUACAUAAGCAGCCGGAGAAAAAGUUCAGGCUAUGAUGGGAACACCUCCCACAAGCCCCCCAAUGAGUUCCUGACUUCUGUGGUAGAGCUCAUAGGCGCUGCCAAGACCUUGUUAGCUUGGCUGGACCGGGCUCCAUUUACAGGGAUCACUGAUUUCUCAAUAACGAAGAACAAAAUCAUUCAGCUUUGCUUGGACCUGACCACUACAGUCCAGAAGGAUUGCCUUGUAGCAGAAAUGGAGGAUAAAGUUUUGGCUGUAGUCAAGGUUUUAAAUGGCAUCUGUGAUAAAACAAUCCGAUCUACCACGGAUCCUGUUAUGAGCCAGUGUGCGUGUCUGGAAGAAGUUCACUUACCAAACAUUAAACCUGGGGAAGGCUUGGGCAUGUACAUCAAAUCAACCUAUGAUGGAUUGCACGUGAUUACUGGAACCACAGAAAAUUCUCCUGCAGACAGAUCUCAGAAGAUUCAUGCCGGUGAUGAAGUCAUUCAGGUCAAUCAGCAAACUGUGGUGGGAUGGCAGCUAAAAAAUCUGGUGAGAAAGUUGAGAGAGAAUCCUACAGGAGUUGUGUUACUGCUUAAGAAGCGGCCCACGAGUUCCUUCAACUUCACUCCCGCCCCCCUGAAAAACCUACGAUGGAAGCCGCCUCUGGUCCAGACCUCGCCUCCGCCCACGACCACUCAGUCCCCGGACAGCACGAUGGAUGCCUCACUGAAGAAGGAGAAGCCAGCCAUCCUGGAUCUUUAUAUCCCUCCUCCACCGACCGUUCCCUACUCCCCCCGGGAAGAGAAUGGGAGUUCCGUUUACGGAUUCAGUAAAUGUAAACAGCCACAGCCUGGUCCUAAGCGUUCUGAGUCCCCCAAUUCCUUCCUGGACCAGGAAAGCCGGAGACGGAGAUUUACCAUCGCUGAUUCUGAUCAGUUGCCUGGGUAUUCCGUGGAAACCAAUAUUCUGCCCACAAAAAUGAGAGAGAAAACACCAUCCUAUGGCAAGCCCCGACCUUUGUCCAUGCCUGCGGAUGCGAGCUGGAUGGGGAUUGUGGACCCUUUUGCUAGACCUCGAAGUCAUGGGAGGAAAAGUGAGGACGGCCUUUGCCGGUAUUUCAGUAAUGAGCGGAUCUCUCCGAUCGUCGAAGAAAGGUCAUCCCCCCCAUACCGUUUCUCAAGGCCCACGACCGAGAGGCAGCUGGUCCGAGGUGCAGACUACAUCCGAAGCAGCAGGUGCUACAUCAGUUCAGAUCUCCACAGCAGCGCCACGAUUCCGUUCUCGGAGGAAGGGACCAAAAAGAAAGCCAGCUCCUCGGCAGCCAAGUCCUCUUCCCCAGAACCGUCCCUGCUGGUCAGCUGGUUUACUCGCCUGAAACUGUUGACUCACUGAACCCUGCAUUCCCGGGACCCUCCCUGUCUCCUGCUACCAAGUGCCUUGCUUCCUCCAUCAGCAACUUGUUCUGAUUUUCAUCCACAGUAUUAUGCAGCGACCUUAUGCGAUUUCGUGGGUUUUCUUUUUCCUUUUUUUUUUUUUUUUUUAGAAAGUUGUGUACUGCACUUGGAAUUUUGAAGUCAUUGGAUGGGAACAAAUCCAGAGAAUCUUAGAUGCUGGCUUAUGGAGGCCAAAGGAGAGAAAUGGGGAGAGUCCGCUUUUUUUUGGCUUCCUUAAGAGUCCGAACACGGAGACACACUCUCUAAACCAGAGCUUGGCCAGGACUGUUAUCAUCAUUUUGAGGAUCUGGGCCAUUGUUCUUUUUAGGCGGGUGGGACUACAGUUGGUGGCCACUGUCACACAGAUGUGUUGGUUUUUGGUCCAACUUCUUCACCUGAAAAAGCCAGUGGAGGAAACAGUUUUGUUUUGAUUUUUCAAGCUACAUACCACAUGUGUAAGUGUAGCAGCUUUGACUUUGAAAUAACACGUGGGAAGCAUCUGAUGCGCUUUCAGAGCAGAGGUUUGAGUGUAGGCCAGUUACACUUAGUUAAUGCCCUUUUCAUAACCGUCUCAGUGUAAGUCAGUUAAUACAGAAACACGUGAAAAUGUUUAGAUAGGGCUUACUACACACAAAGAAGUUUAUGGUUAUUUGUGAAGGGUGUUGUGUAUUAUUGUCUUUAAGGGAAAAGAAGCUAUAAGAUUUGCUGACAGCCAAAGUAUCAUUGAGAAAAAUGAAGCAACCAUACUUAGGUUUAUGAGAGAGACAUCAGUUUGCAUUUUGACCUGUUCAAUGACUAUCUUCUAGAAAAGAAUGGACAGUUCUUCAAAAUUGUACACAUUUUGCUAAUUAGAAAUCUCUUGGAAAAUCCCACGGUCACUCAUUUUCAACUAGCAUCAGGUAUUUUGGAAAAGUGUGUCUGGAUAUUAACUCUUGUUUAAACUGAAUGUAUGAUAUUUUGCUAGAAUGGAAAAGUACUAUCUUGUUAAUUUAAGUGUUUUAAAUAUAGUUGUAUAUUUUUCUUAUUCUUAGUCACAUGUAAUUGAUAUAUUUCUGUUUUGUGUCCUACAUGAAGCUAACGAAAAAAGUGUUCAAGAUGUUUUCAGGUUUACCAGUGACCACCUUGGCUGUUGCCACUGUGGUCACUAUUGUUAAAAAAAACCAAAAUAAACCCUCCCAACCAUUUUAGGAUUUUAUGGAUUAGAAAUGGGGGCAUUGAGGGAGCGUGUGUAAAGUAAAAUUACAUUCGGAGAAUUUUCUGAGCUAUAUCCCUGGGCAAAGCUGGUAUCUCCUAUUCAAAAAUAUCUUCCCCUCACCCCUUGAAUUGUCUACUUUGCUGAACUGCCUGAAAUUGGAGAUUGCUUG